AUGGCGACAAUUGACUUUGACCCAAACCCCGUGAGGGAGCGACUCCUCCAGGGUGGACAAGCGCUUAAUGAAAAGCAACCCCACAUCGCCACCACCGACUACAACGGCACGCACAAUAGCGAAGCAUUACAAAACGGCGCAAAACAAGCUCAAAUCUACUGGGUGCGAACUUUGGUCUUAAUCUUGAUCCCAUUAGCCAUCACCGCUUGGUAUGCCAUCAUCUGGAUUUGGCUUGUCCUUGGUAUCGAGCAUGAUGAAGCCGCCAAGUACCGUACCUUCUCCGGUUCCCUCAUAUUUUACUCGUGGUUUAUUAUCGGCGUGUUCGCUUUAUCCUGGGCGAAGUAUGGCCUUGUUGGCGUCGAAGUGGCCAUGCUUGAGACUCGAUUUUGGAGAGCCAACAACCUCGCCGCCUGGGAAGCGGGAAUGAACCCGACCGUACCAGGCUUUGGGAUUGUGUAUACGCCCGCCGGUUUCGACCGGGCUGAUAACCCUGGCCUUGCCCGGGCCCCGAAUACCUUACCGCUAACACAGUCAAUUCCGAGCAUGUUCCUCGCGCCGCAGGCUGAAGUUCCAGUGUCGGGUAGAGCAUGGGGCCUCCGCCUAAGUUAUAACUGCUCAUCUGUUCGUAGCGCCUCUGAAUUCACGAUUCUCACGCAGAAGCCAAUGUCCACGUUGAGUUACGUGGAUACUGAGCGCUCUCAAGAUACCUUCAAAGUUCCUUACGUCGUCCUCACAACACCAACAGGCGGCCAGAUUACUAUAUUAAAUAGUAGCAGCGACACUUCUAUAACUAAUUUAUGGUCGUAUUCCGAGAUUGGGACAACAGCUGGUCGCAAUGAUGACGAGAAUUAUAGGGAUGGUUUUGGUGAAUCUACGACGCACAUUCUUGAAUAUGCUCUCUGGCAAAUGCAUGUGCUUGGCUUCUACGAAAACACCUCUGGUGUCCAGAACCCUUUCAACACCACUUUGAGCACAGUGGUGGAAGGAUUGGGCAGUCCAUUCAUCAUGCUCGAUAAUAAAACUGUCGUCGCAAACGAUACCCGAAAGGGCCUGGCUACAUCCUACUCUAACAUCAUCACGAGAGGGAAAGAUAUUAGGCGUCUAAUCUAUGGAUUUCGCAAGAGGAGCUCGGACAAGCUGGACGGGUAUAGCGUGUUUAGGCGCGGGGCAGACUUAUCAGAGGAUCUCAAACAUAACCAAGAGUUCGAGAGUGGCCAGUCCUUUUACGCCAACGAGACAUUCCAUAAACUACCAGGCACCUAA